AUGCACCCGCAUGCAGCUAGACCCACCCACGCCAGCGAGGCCACCCUUUGGCGGAAGAGCCUGGCGCCCGCCACCUUGUCCACCUGGUCCCCGGCGCGUCCUGGGCCGCGUUCCUCCGGGCGCUCAGCCUGUCCGUGUCGUCUGUGUCGCUUCCCGCAGACCAACAUGCGGAGACACGCGGAGAGGUGUGCGGCGGCAGCCGGAGCGGGAGGACGCACCGCGGCGAGGACCUGGGCGAUCCCGGAGGAGGAAGCCGAAGCCGCUGCCGGGGAGGCCAAGGAGGCCUCCGUGGUGAGGGGAGACCAGUACCCAGGAGAGAUGAGUCCUGUCCACUCCGGGGGAGCUGGACUCAUGGACCUGGACGGAGACCUGACCUGCGAGAUGGUCCUCAAGAUGCUGAAUGAGUGA